ACGCAAGCAAGACGAAGUCGUCUCGCUGGAGAUGCAAAUACGUCAGCGCUCAGAGGAGCAGAAGAAAUCAGGCAUCGAGUUGGGUGCAAUAUGCCACAUUUGCCUUCAGACGAAAUUCGCCGAUGGAAUCGGACAUAUUUGCCACUACUGCAACAUUGUGUGCUGUGCGCGUUGUGGCGGAAAAGUGACACUUCGCAGCAACAAGGUAAUUUGGGUUUGUAUACUUUGCCGCAAAAAGCAGGAACUACUUUCUAAGACUGGACAAUGGAUGAACAAGGGUCAACAACAAGAUAGCUUCCUGCGACGCAUUGAGCCUGAUGGCAGUAGUGACAUUUCGCAACAGGCCAUUGUCGACCCGCAUGACACGCUCGACAAGCGCCCGAAAUUAGAACGAACGCGCAGUGCCGCUGAAAAAGAGAACCUGCCAAUGCAACGGACCGGCAGCGUGCUCCGCCGCCAAUACUCACAACAGGAAGUGCCUACAAAUCGGCGCAUGUCGGCUUCCGAUAGUGGUGUGGACGUCAGCCCAGGACAGCAACGUCAACGGCCCGUGAAUCAGCAGCAGCAGAUGCAACAGCACUACGGAACACAAGGCGGCCAACAAUUUAGUGCAGGUCAGCGUCCAUACCCGGAAGAUGAUCCGCGUUAUUAUCAGGGUGAGCUGGAUGGUUUGAUGCGACAACAUCCGCAUCUUGCGCAUCCUAGCCAGCUGCAGAAGCAACAGCAGCAACAACAACAAAGCUAUCUGCAACAACCACAACAACAACCACUUGGACAGCAAGCGCACUAUCAGCAUCAACAACAAAAGCAACAGCCGCAACAACAACAGCAACCACAACACCAUGGGCCACAAUCACGCGCGUUGCCACCACAUCAGCAACAUAUGCAACAGCAGCAACACCCACAACAACAUCAGCCGCAGCCGCUGCGUGCCCAAACGCAGCCACACCAGCAACUGCCGACGCCAACAUCCGCCAGUAUGGCGCAGCAACAACAUCCACAUCAGCAGCACCAGCAGCAUGCAGCUCAGCAGCCACAACCACAUCAACAACAACAAAGGCUUCCCCAUCAACACUCCUACAAUCCACAAACUGCACAGUUACCCGCACCCCCAAUGGGAGGGGGGUCUUAUCAGAAGCCAGCACCAUUGUCGCGAAAUCUAACCAUCAGUGGAGGCCAUGCCAUGGAUACUGCCACUUAUCCGCAGCCACAACAGCGGCGGCAACCGAUGGUCGGCGGUCAGUACGGUCCGCCGCAGCAACGUUCCUUUAGCAGCUCCGAAGAAGAGAUCCAAGCGCAUAUGCUGGCGCCCCAGUCAGCCGAAUACGAUUACGACGGUGAGUCUGCUCGUUUUGUCCAAUUCUUUUUACUAACUUACCCUCUACAAAACACACUCUUGAACAUUUUUUUUUUACAUUUGUGGCUAAUUACGUUCUUUGCUCGCACACACUUAAUUUAAGUAUUUAAAUAUUGUGGAAUACACACACACUCACUUGCAUUUACUAAUAAUAUCAACAAAAAAUUUCAACAUAGCAACUCCGUGUGCCAUUUUAGCCAAACAUAAUCAUUUGAAACACAUUGCGGUACUAAUGUACGUAUGUACAUCCGAUAUUGGAAUGUUUAAAAUCGAUUGAAGAUUAUUCCGAUAAUUCGCAUACGUCUCAUUGGUUUGUUGUCUCUUUCGCUAUGCUUUACUUAUUUGAUUUAUUUAUUUACUUAUUGUUGUUUUCCUUUUUUUUAAUGGGGAAUUCAAUUUCAAAAAGGAUCUGUUAAAAACAGAAACACCUGAACAAUUCUAUACCAACUUUAAUUUAAAAUUUUGUACAUCACCUUAUUUAUACUCAUGCUUAUGUUAUUAAAUAUGUAUAUAUAUUUAUGAAUAGGUAUGUUAUAUGCAAAUUGAUAUUUAUUUAGGUUUAACUAAUUCAGCAAAAUACUGCAUUACUCACAACUACAUGGUUACCUCAUUUAUCUGAUUAAAGAUUACUUAUUUUCCAGCAUAAUUUUAUUAUUGUAAGCUGAAUCAAAAUUAUAAACCCUAUAACCAAGCAGAU